CUCGUUGACCAGGAAUAAGGAAGCUGCUUUAUAGACACAACCUGUUUUACACACGUCACUCAAACACAGAAGCAGGGAACUAUUUUAACUUGUCAGUUCAGGGAAACAGAAACUGAAGUAUUUUUGAGCUGUUGUGUGUUUGUGUUUUUCUGUAUUUAUGCAGUAAAAUGGCAGAAGCAAGAAUUUCAGUGGAUCAGAAUGCGUUCAUUUGUCCACUGUGUCUGGAUCUGCUGAAGGAUCCAGUGGCCAUUCCCUGUGGACACAGUUACUGUAAGAGCUGUAUUACAGGCUGCUGGGAUCAGGAGGAUGAGAAGAGAGUCUACAGCUGCCCUCAGUGCAGACAGACCUUCAGUCCAAGACCUGCUUUAGGUAAAAACACCAUUCUGGCUGAAAUGGUGGAGAAACUGAAGAAGACUAAACUUCCUGCUGACUGUUACGCUGGAGCUGGAGACGUGCAGUGUGAUGUCUGUACUGGAAGAAAAUACAAAGCCGUCAAGUCCUGUCUGGUGUGUCAGGAAUCUUACUGUCAAACUCAUUUUGACCGUCAUGAGAAAUAUCACUCUCAUAAACCACACAAAGUGAUUGAUGCCACUGGACGACUGCAGGACAUGAUCUGCCAUAAACAUGAUAAAGAGCUAGAAAUGUUCUGUAUCACUGAUCAACAAUGCAUCUGUGUGUGGUGUAAGGAGUAUGAACAUAAAGACCACAACACUGUAUCAACUGCAGCACAGAGGACAGAGAAACAGAAACAGCUGAAGGAGACGCAGAUGAAGAUCCGUCAGAGAAUCCAGCAGAGACAGAAAGAUCUUCAGCAGCUGAGAGAGGCUGUGGAGUCUCAUAAGCGCUCUGCACAGACAGCAGUGGAGGACAGUGAGAGGAUCUUUACUGAGCUCCUCCGCUCCAUUGAGAGAAGCCGCUCUGAGGUCACACAGCGGAUCAGAGAUCAGGAAAAGGCUGCAGUGAGUCGAGCUGAAGGACGACUGGAGCGACUGGAGCAGGAGAUCAAUGAUCUGAGGAGGAGAGACGCUGAGCUGGAGCAGCUUUCACAAACACACGAUCACAUCCAUUUCCUGCAGAGUUUCCAGUCUCUCUCAGCACCUCCUGAAUCUACAGAUGAACCUGACGAUCCCUUCAGUUCUCUCUUCUCUUUUGAUGGCAUAAGAGAGUCUAUCCGUCAGCUGAGAGAAAAACUGGAGGAUUUCUGUAAAGAGGAGAUCAUAAAGAUCUCUGACAGAGUCACUUUCACCAACAUGAAUCCCAAGACCAAGAACGACUUCCUACAGUAUUCCCAUCAUCUCACUCUGGAUCUGAACACAGUGAAUAAAAACCUCUGUCUGUCUGAAAGGAACAGAGUGAUUACUUACACUGGCACACAGCAGUCGUAUCCUGAUCAUCCAGACAGAUUUGAAUAUUGUUCUCAGGUGUUGAGUGGAGAGAGUGUGUGUGGACGCUGUUACUGGGAGAUUGAGUGGAGUGGACAGGUGUUUAUAUCAGUGUCAUAUAAGAGCAUCAGCAGGAAGGGAUGGGGUAUUGAGUGUGCGUUUGGAUAUAAUGAUCAGUCCUGGAGUUUGUACUGCUCUUCCUCCAGUUACUCAUUCACACACAAUCAGAUAGAUACUGCUCUCCUUGCAGCAUCCAUCAGCUCUAGAAUAGGAGUGUAUGUGGAUCACAGUGCAGGAACUCUGUCCUUCUACAGCGUCUCUGACACAAUGAGCCUCAUCCACACAGUCCAGACCACAUUCACUCAGCCGCUCUAUCCUGGGUUUAAUGUUUAUCCUGGAUCAUCAGUGAAACUGUGUUGAUGUUUCAGAACAGAUUGUAGAGAGAUUUUACCCAUAAUACUUUGAGCUUCAUGAUCAAUCAGUUAUAGUGAGAUGAUACAGAGUCUCUUAUUUUCUCUUACAUUAAUACAGCUGAACUUCACUGACAUAACAGAAUAAAUGUGUGUAUUAAAUCUUCAAAGAGACAGUAUAAGAACUGUGUGUGUGUGUGUGUGUGUGUGUGUGUGUGUGUGUGACAUAUCAGGACACAAAUUUGUAUAAUGACAUGGGUAUGACAUUGGUAUUACAAGGAGAGGGUGACUUAUGAGGACAUUACCCCAUGUCCCCAUUUUUCAAAAGGCUUAUAAAUCAUACAGAAUGAGUUUUUUUGAGAAAGUAAAAAUGUGCACAGUUUCCUGUGAUGGGUAUGUUUAGGAGUACAGGAGUAGGAGGUUUGUACAGUAUAAAAAAUUUAUAGUAUCAGUGUUGUUAUGAAAAACUGAGCUCUGAAGGUCUGGUAACACUUUAUAACAACUUUCAUUAAUAAAUCAUUAACAAACAUUAUAUAACACUAAUAUUAUAAUUAGUUAAUAUAUAUUCAAAUAGCUAAAAAUAUGUGAUAAUGUGCUUGUUAAUGUUUACUAAUGAACUUAUUAAACAUUACAUAAUAAUUAACAGAUCAUUAUUUAAUGUAAAUUAAAAUGCUUCCAAGUGUCAUUAAACUUUUCAUUCAUAUGAUCAUGUACUUAUUGAAAAUCUUCAAAUGUCAUUAAACUUCAGUUCAUUUAAUGCACUUUUUUACAUUUACAAAUGAACAAAUGCAUAGAGCUGUUUGGUAACUAUGAGUGAUCUGGAUGUUCAACAAAAAAUUGAACAAUAUAAGAAUGACUUUAUAAUUAUAUGUCUUUAACUCUUUAACUCUUCAGACUUUUAUUUUUAUAUUUCCAACAUUUAUUUUCCACUGGCACAAUGUGUUAGAUUUUACCGGUAUGGCUAUAAUUGUAUUUUGUUCACUGAUGAAAUUAAUAUGCUGGUAAAUCUGUAUAUUCUAUUGAAGUUCAGCAAUGAAAUGUAAAAGAUGAAACCUAAAUAAAGCUGUUGAUGUGAAGCAAUAACUUGUGGUAUUGUAUAUAACAGUACAAUUAAUAAUAAUAAUAAUAAUAAUAUUAAUAAUAAAAUAACAGUAAAAUGCUGGACUUUAUUUUACAGUAUGUUUUAAACUAUUGUUGUAAUUUUACUGUGGUAUGAAAUACAGCAACUACUGGAUAAUUGUUGCGAGUAAGUUACUGUUAAUUUGACAAUAAACAUUCUACAGUGUACUCUGUACUUGCUUAAAAAAUAAUUGUUAGGUAUGUACUUGUGUUCGGGUUCUUUUGCAAAACACUCCUGCUGCUAUUGAGGUGUGAUACGGGUGAGGUUCGGGACAGGUUUGGUGGGACGGGCAGGUUUAAGAGUUUAGUUCAGGGGUCAACAGUGUACAGUUUGAUUACUAUAAGGAAACACUGUUCAAACUGUUUAUAUUACAUUGUUUUUAUAAAUCAACAAGUAUUUUCUUUAAACAAAAGUUGAUUUGUUUUCUCCUGCUGAUGUAUGAUUCAAGGAAUAACCUGUUUAAGGUUUACUAAUUGUUGAGGCAAUAAAAACAUGU